AUGUCUGAAAUAUCCACCAAGCAGGUGGUCUUUGACGGAAUUGACGCAAUUGCGAAGAUUGGACUUGAACAACAAUUCGAUGUGCUAGGAAAAUGGUUUCAUCCAGCGGAGCGCACGUCGGAUAACGGUGGUAACUGGAGUAAGACAAGAGCAGAAGCAGGACCUUUCCUGUUCAACUUAGCUAUCGAUGACAUCAUGCGAAGAACAGUCGAUCUGCGUCCUUCAGAUGUCGUUAUAGCACCAUCAGGGCGCCCCUUGACCGAUCUCGAGUACGCUAACAAUGUUGUUAUAUUCACGGAAAGCAGUAAGAAACUUCAACAUGUCUUCAAACUUGUAUCGAAGCUGUCUGCAGCCAAAUGA